AUGGAGGACUCAUUGUCGAACCCAGCGUCCUCGUCGUCCACCGUGUUCAUCAUUCCCUCCACCGCCGACCUCAGCAACGAGCACGAGCGCACGCCUUCGCCGCCGCUGACGCGGCAUCCACACCGCCCGCCUUCGCCUGUUUUGGACGAUCCUCCCUCGCCGCCUGAUAGUCCGUCGCUCACUGACCCGGGGUCGGUCUCCUCACUCCCAUCGGUCUCCUCGUCAUUCUUCUUUAGCUCGGCCGCAGCAACACCGCCUCUGCCGUCAGAACCUCACUCUCUUGAUUCACUUCCUCACGUUCAGGGCCAUGCAGUACACACGAGACCUCAACAGGACCAUCAUUCAGAUACGGACCCUCAGAGCCAAUCCACACGACACUUAAUCAUUCCUUCUUUGAGCCUUCCAGCGGCUCUGCGUCGCCCGACGGCCUAUGGGCAAUCGCUGGGGGAUGUUAGGGUUCUUGUGAUGAAGCUGUCAGACACCGAUAAUGACUUGCUUGGUCAUAGCGCAGACCCUGGGCUGGACAUAGGUCGCUUGUUAGUGGAGAACAACGAGGACAUCGUGGACGUCGGCGGCUGGGAACCCUUCCACCCACAACAGUCCCGAAGUGAUGAACCAUUGAAUUCUGAUCCAGCCUCGUGGCGUAUCCUGAGAGCUUCGACGGACUGGAUUGAACACCAGGACGCAUAUGGUCUAGAGAAAUACGAACCAUCGCGUAAUAUUGAGAUCAUCGAAGUUACUAUUCGACUCCCACAUCCGCAUUCUUUAUCCUACGAUUCCGAGUAUGAAAGCUCAGAGCAACUCAUACGUUCGACACUCACCAACACUCUUACUGAACUCCAAUCAUUCCUUGCCUACCCCUUCCGCGAGCUGACCGAUGUACUUUCACCCUCUCUGCCUCCCUAUACUUCGUCCCUCGUUCACAAUCUCCUCGCUGCAUCAGGCUCGCCCCUCUGUGUCGGCCUUGUACUUCUCUACGAUCUUUACCAUGGAGACGAGAGGAGUGCACUUUUGGGCCCUAGACAAAGGGCACGGCAAGCUUUCGAUCCAAGGGUUGCUGUAGCUGAGCACAUCAUCACUGAAUCUCUCUCAUCGUAUGUGCCAGUGAUCAAGCUGCCGUCUACGGCUGCUGCUACCAUGUUGUAUCCAUCCAUACCGCAAUCUACUCUUACGAGGAGGCGUGAUCCUACUCACACCCACGUCUUUUCCCCGCAUUACCUUCAGCCUGGUACCAUCCUUCGCUCCAACACGCUCCCAUCACUUCGAAGAGAGGCUGCCGAGCGCUUCCUUCGGUGGUACGAAAUAGACCGAAUAGUGGGGCACUUCGGCGUGCCUGUAUCACGCAAACUUAUCACGCCAUCCUCGAACAAUAAUAACCCUUCGUCGUCUACAUCGCCGAGUCAAGGAAGGGACUUGGUUGGCACAGUCAAAGGCCACCAGUCUGGCAAAUCGGCGAAGAGGAAGCUUGAAGAGACGACUUUUGAGGAUCGCAAGUCGUUUUGGGAGAGCGAUCUUUCUAUUCAAGUUGCACGUAGGCGGCUCGCGGCGCCUUCCAGCUCCAUGUCUCAGCAACAAUCCGAGUCAUAUCCGGAACCUGACACUCCAGCACAGCAUACCGCUCGGCCAUUUCCCCAUUCAACUCGCAGUCACUCAUUCACUGCUGGGAACUUCGAUCCCCUUCACCUUCCUUCGGUAUUGUGGUUCUCUCUCUCCCUUCUUGGGCCGUUCAGCAGAAGAAUCAGCAACAGCAUAAUUCGCGUGGUUCCCUGGACCUCGACUGCAAACAAGGCCGCUCUCGCUACCUCAGAAUCACCUCCAGCAGAUGAAACAAAGUUAGACACCGCGGUCACGCCUUAUUCCCGCCGCAAGAAAAGCAAGUCCAAGCCGUUUUUAUCUACGCUUCGCAGCCGCAGGUGGGUUGUGGGUGUAGUGGGAGUCUUGGGCGUCGGCGUCGGCUUCUUGGUUGGGGUCGGGAUUUCGCUUAGGGGAUAA